CAAAGAGUUAUGUACAAACCCACACAUUAUGACUUAUUUAUUCAAGGUAUCAAUGACAAAAAAAAGGAAACAAUACAUGAUCAAUAUGAGCAUAUAUAUAUAUGCAUAAUGGAGCUUGAUUUGCAUAAUCAUUUUCACCUGGUUAUUAUUCGUUUUAAAUUGAAAGUGUUGACCUUCAUUCAAGGUUAUUGUAAUUAACCAAUUCAAUCAUAGUAUCAAAUCAAUGAAAUUACCAUUAUCUGGAUCAUUAGUUACAAUCACUUCUAAUAAGUCAGAUUUUAAAAAAAAAGAAAAAUAUCGUCAAGUAAAUCCAAUGUUAGCAAUAAAAUUUUUUAUUUAUAAUCCAGAAUGUUCUAUACCAAUUACUUAUCGUUUACAAUGGUCAUUAUUUAAAAAUAUGGAUUGGAGUAAAUUAAUAAAAAAAUUACAUGAAAUAACACAUAAACAAUAUUCUGGUUUUACAUUAACAUGGAAUGAUGGAUUUCAUAAUUGUAUUAUAACAGAUGUAAAAGAUAUUCUAAGAGCUUUAGAAUAUAUGCAAACUAAACAAUUACAUAAUGAUGAUUGUUUACAUAUAAAAGUGAAUAGUUUACCAAAAUCACUUCCAAAUGAAAAUGUAUUUACUACUCACUCAUCUAAAGUAUUGAAUCAAGUUUAUCCACCUACAUAUACUGAAGCAAUUGGUUCACAAACCAAUUCAUUACCGAAACCAAAUCGAACAGAGAAUAAAAUUAUUAUUAUACGUUCUAAUCAACCGGAUAGAAACCAACAGAAUACAGUUAAUUGAUAUUCUUGUACUUUUAUCAAGUUAGUUAUGAUGUAAUACUAUAUUCAUGAUUAUUAUACUAAGUUUGUUGAAAAGUUCAGAAAGUGUUAAGGAUGUUAGAUCCCAUAACUCACUUGAAAAAGAAUCUAAUUUUGUAAUUUUAUUUAGAAAAUUUGAAUUUCUUUAUUUUCGCGCAAAAAGUACUCUUUUCACUUUCAUGUUGUAUUUCCCACUGGGAAAUAUCUAAGAUGCUAUUGGUCUGUUGUUUCCUUGAGUAUGCUAUUUUGUAACGCUUCCCAA